AUGGAGCCAGCCUUUGGGGAGGUGAACCAGCUGGGAGGAGUAUUCGUGAACGGGAGGCCGCUGCCCAACGCCAUCCGGCUUCGCAUCGUGGAACUGGCCCAACUGGGCAUCCGACCGUGUGACAUCAGCCGCCAGCUACGGGUCUCACACGGCUGCGUCAGCAAGAUCCUGGCGCGCUACAACGAGACAGGCUCGAUCUUGCCAGGAGCCAUUGGAGGCAGCAAGCCCCGGGUCACCACCCCCACCGUGGUGAAGCACAUCCGGACCUACAAGCAGAGGGACCCCGGCAUCUUCGCCUGGGAGAUCCGGGACCGCCUGCUGGCAGACGGCGUGUGUGACAAAUACAACGUGCCCUCAGUGAGCUCCAUCAGCCGCAUCCUGCGCAACAAGAUCGGCAACUUGGCCCAACAGGGGCAUUACGACUCAUUCAAGCAGCACCAGCCGGCGCCGCAGCCGGCGCUGCCCUAUAAUCACAUCUACUCGUACCCCAGUCCCAUCACGGCGGCCACCGCUAAGGUGCCCACGCCGCCCGGGGUGCCCGCCAUCCCCGGCUCGGUGGCCAUGCCGCGCACCUGGCCCUCCUCCCACUCCGUCACCGACAUCCUGGGCAUUCGUUCCAUCACCGACCAAGUGAGCGACAGCUCCCCCUACCACAGCCCCAAGGUGGAGGAGUGGAGCAGCCUGGGCCGCGCCGGCUUCCCCGCCGCCGCCCCGCACGCGGUGAACGGGCUGGAGAAGGGAGCCUUGGAGCAGGAAGCCAAGUACGGGCAGGCACCCAAUGGUCUCCCAGCUGUGAGCAGUUUUGUGUCAGCAUCCAGCAUGGCUCCCUACCCUACCCCGGCCCAGGUGUCACCUUACAUGACCUACAGUGCUGCUCCUUCUGGUUACGUUGCUGGACAUGGCUGGCAACAUGCCAGCGGCACCCCACUCUCCCCCCACAACUGUGACAUUCCCGCGUCGCUGGCGUUCAAGGGCAUGCAGGCAGCCAGAGAAGGUAGUCACUCUGUCACGGCGUCCGCACUCUGA